AUGAAUAUAGAUGCCGGUACGAUGCGGCCGACUGAACACGGCGAGGUAUACGUCCUGAACGACGGCGGGGAGGUGGACCUCGACCUUGGGAACUAUGAACGAUAUUUGGACGUCACGUUGUCCCGAGAUAACAACAUCACCACCGGAAAGAUCUACAGAGAGGUUAUUGAGAAGGAGCGCCGGGGAGAUUACCUUGGAAAGACAGUACAGAUUAUCCCUCACGUUACGAAUGCCAUCCAAGACUGGAUCGAGCGUGUAUCUAAAAUCCCCGUCGACGAGACCGACGAGGAGCCAGACGUCUGCAUCGUCGAGCUCGGCGGGACCGUCGGUGACAUCGAAUCCGCGCCCUUCGUUGAAGCCAUGCGCCAGUUCCAGUUCCGCGUCGGUCACGAAAACUUCGCGCUCAUCCACGUCUCACUCGUGCCCGACAUGCACGGCGAGCAGAAAACGAAACCGACCCAGACGACCGUGCACGCACUCCGCGGGCUGGGCCUUCUCCCCGAUCUCAUCGCCUGCAGACUCUUAUCCCACCAACCCCUCGAAAUCCCCACACGGGAGAAAAUAUCACUAUUCUGCCAUGUCUCAAAAGAACAGGUCGUCGGCGUGCACGACCUGUCAUCAGUGUACCACGUCCCCCUCCUCCUUCGCUCGCAAGGUAUCGUCGAAUAUCUUCAGAAACGACUAAAUCUUGGAAGCCUCCAUAUUUCCAAGAACAUGACCGACAGGGGCACGAUGCUGGCGCGCAAGUGGAAGGAGAUGACGACUGGGCAAGAGCGGUUCUUUGACGACGUCAAUAUCGUCUUGGUCGGGAAGUACACGGAUCUCAAGGAUUCGUACAUGUCCGUCGUCAAAUCACUAGAACAUUCCGCCUUCCGAUGCCAGCGAAAGCUCGUCCUACAGUGGGUCGAGUCGUCUGACCUGGAGCCAGAAACACAGGAACUCCACCCAGCAAGAUACCACGACGCAUGGCGGGCAGUCGUCGGUGCCGGAGGGAUCCUGGUCCCGGGAGGCUUCGGCAUGCGCGGAACGGAGGGCAUGAUCCUCGCCAUCAAAUGGGCGCGCGAGCAGAAAGUGCCCUUCCUGGGCAUCUGCUUCGGCUUCCAGCUCGCCGUCGUCGAGUGGGCGCGCAACGUCUGCGGGCUCUCCAACGCGCAAUCGGGGGAACUCGUCGAAAACGCCGAGACGCCCGUGAUCAUCUUCAUGCCCGAGAUCUCCAAGACGCACAUGGGCGGAACGAUGCGUCUCGGGCUGCGCCCGACCGUCUUCCAGCCGGGCUCCGAGGCGUGGUCGAAGGCGCGCAGGCUGUACGGCGGCGCGGGCAAGAUCUGGGAGCGCCACCGGCACCGCUACGAGGUGAACCCCACGUUCAUCGAGAAGCUCGAGGGUAGCGGGAUGGAGUUUGUCGGGAGGGAUGAAAAGGGCGAGCGGAUGCAGGUGAUGGAGUUGCGAGAUCACCCAUUUUUCAUGGGCUUCCAGGCGCACCCGGAAUUCUGCACGCGGCCUCUCAAUCCGUCGCCGCCGUUCCUUGGGUUUGUGGCUGCUGCGUCGGGAGAGUCGGUACUCGAGCAGCAGCUCGACCUGCAGAUGCAACUGUACAAGCCACCACACCCCGAGCACUCCAUGGUCAGUGAACGGGAAAUCCUCGAGGGCAAAAAGGAGGGUAUGCAGGGCGAGACCCAUGUCUUGGUUAAUGGGCACUCGGACGCUUAA